AUGGAGUCCGCUGGCGGACGAGACCCGCAUUUGUUCAGUCAGCGCGUUGUUGAGUACAUCAGCCAUGAGAUGGAGCCGGCUUCCUUUGUCCAAGCACAUCCGCUUCGAUUGGCAGCUGCCUUGGCAGCCAACGGGGAUUUCUGCACGAGAGUUCUCUUUCACCAGAACUCCAAUAUUCCUAACUUGGCAAACCUGCUUGCACAGCUGAAGCCCUUCUUUGCUACUCAACUUUCUUCUCAAUCGCUAGAGCUCAGUCCAGAGGCGCUCUCUCAGGUCCAACUUCAAGGGCAACCUCAGGUGCCAACCACUGGUGCCCAAGCGGAAACCAAUCAGGACAAUGUGUCAGUCGCUUCCGAAAGCACACGGACUCACAAUCAGACCCCAGCAAGUUCCGCCGUCCCAGGGACCGCUGCAAAGAAAAGCAGAAAGAACUGGUCAGUAUAUGAAGGUGAAAUGUUGGCUGCUCAGAUGAAGAUCCAUGAGGAUAUGCUGCUUGACAAGAGCACAGGCAUCAAGUAUAGGACAAUGAGUGCAACCGAGAAAUUUGAGAUGAUCAGUGCUCGUUUGCGCUCGCUGGACCCUCCUGUUGACCGCACAGCCAGCCAGAUUGAAGACAAGUGGGACAGAAUGACGGGUGACUUCAAGAAAGUCUAUGAUUGGGACAAGCAUCCUCCAAGUGGGAAGCCCACGUACUGGGAGAUGGGGCCAGAUACGAAGAAGGAGCACAAUCUGCCCCCUGCAUUCACAAAGGUUCUCUUUGAGAGCUUAUUGUGGAUGAAAGAGAGGGCGAGCGUUGAGCCGCCGGUUGUCCUGGACACCGCGGCCACACCUGAGCCGGCCACACAUGGCCCGGCCACACCGGAAGGCAGCCCCGACUCCAACGAUGACGACAGCGCAGUCAGAGAUACGACCGCAUACUCACGGAAGGAUGCAAAUGGGAAAGGGAAUGGGAAAGGGAACAAGCGGGACAGAAACGGGGUUGUCUUGAGCGAAACCCUGAGAGCGAAUAACGAGGAUACCAACAAGAUGCAUAUGGAUUGUGAGAACCUGCGAGAUGCUCGACACAGGGAAAUGAAAGAUUUGAGAGAAAGAGAGCUCAAGCUUGAAGAAGAGAAAUUGAAAGUGGUGGAAAAGAGCAAUGAAGUUGCGGCACAAACCGGCAAAGGCCUUGUAGAAGCUCUUCAAGGCUUGGCUAAUGCUGUGAACAUAUUGGCCAGGAAGUAA